CUAGGUUAGCAAAUGAUCGGCAAAAUUGAGUUUUGUCAGCUCAUAUGAUUAAAUUGCCCUCAUAUUGAUUAUUAUAUUGUUGUUUCUUUUUGUCAAUUGAUUAAUUAAUUGUGUGUUUCUGCUAAAUUAACACUUUUGGAUUACCUGAUUCGGUGAUAAUUAUUUGGAAGAAAACAUGGGUGUCAACGAAUAUUUAAAGUCAAUGGAAUCUCGGUAUCCAGAGUUUACUGAGUAUUGGACCGCAUUCGAGGGAUACUAUAAUAAGAAGCUUUGGCAUCAGUUAACUAUGAAAACAGAAGCUUUUGUCAAACUACCGGAAUCCAAUCGUGUUGACCUUGUUGCAUUUUACACUAAUUUCAUCGCUGAAUUUGAAACAAAAUUGAAUCCUCUCUCAUUGGUUGAAAUAAUUGCGUUCAUCAUUAAAGAGAUGAAGGAUUAUCAAGAAUGUUUGGUUUUUCUUGAGAAAAUUAAAGAAAAAGUUAAAGGCAACCAAACUGCCUCUCUCCUUUGUAGUAUCUUAAUGGCUCAAUUGAAGUUGGCUAACAAAGAGUUAGAUGAUGUUAAAAAAAUCCUUGGUGAGAUUGGUCCAAUAAUAGAUGAACAAACUGGAAUAACUCCGAUUCAUGGCAGAUAUUUUCAACUCUCUUCUGACUAUAAUCAGAUUAUUGGUAACCAUGUUGAAUAUUAUCGUAAUGCAUUGAGAUUUUUAGGAUGUUCAAGUAUCGACAAUGAAUCAGAUGAGCACCUAGAGAAUCGCGCUUUCGCAUUGGCUCUUGCAGCUCUUUUGGGUGAAUCCAUUUUCAACUUUGGAGAACUUCUUCAACAUCCUAUUGUUGAAUAUUUGAAGCGUAAACAUAAUUGGUUGCUUGAUUUACUUUAUGCUUUCAAUGCUGGAGAUCUGGAGAGAUUUGAAAAACUAAAGCCACAAUGGUCUGAACAAGCUGAUCUACGAGCUCAUGAGCUUCAAUUGAGGCAAAAAAUUUCACUACUUUGCCUCAUGAAUAUGACUUUCAAUAGCCACGAUGGCAUAUUAACUUUCAAUGAAAUAGCUAAGAAAACAUACCUUCCGGAGGGAGAAGUUGAAUUAUUAGUGAUGAAAGCUUUAUCACUUGAGUUGGUCAAGGGAACAAUUGACGAAGUCGAGAAGAAAGUUUACCUAUCGUGGGUGCAACCUCGAGUUUUGGACAAGACUCAAAUAAAUUCAUUGAAAAGUAAACUGGAACAUUGGUCUAAAGAUGUCAGAAAAAUGGAAAUACUAUUGGAGCAAAAAGUACAGGAAAUUAUUGGAUAAAAGACUCAAGCUUUUUAGUAAAUUUUCAUACCCAUAUAAGUUUAAAAUUACUUAUUAAAAAGAAAUGCAAUUGAAGUUUGUUUCUUAUAGUCCGAAAUAAACUUGUUACAUUGAUUAA